GCUCGAGAGGCACGCGUGCUCGUCGGACGACGCUUGCACCAAACGGGGGCCAGGUUUGUGUUUGUGUUUGUGUUUGUGUGGGUGUGUGGAGGAAAGGAUCGGCAGCAGCAGCAGCAGCAGCAGCAGCAGUGGUGGGGGUCGCAGCAGCAGCAGCCUCGUGGCCGGGAUAUGGUCUCGUUUGGUGCGGCGGGAUUCGUGGUAUCCGGGAGAGUGCAGCAACUCGUGAGAUCUUCGGUCAGCUCGUCGCAUUCGCUCCAGCCGCCUCAACAGCAAGGUAGACUACGAGUUCUCGCUCAUUUGCGCGGCUACAGCAGCAGUAGCAGCGCUCGCGGGGGAUAGGGGUCAUCGCGAGAGUGUCGUGGCAGCGGCAGAACGAGCAACGAGGUUCGUCGAGGUAUUCGGCUGACGUCGGAGCUCGAGAGGCACGCGUGCUCGUCGGACGACGCUUGCACCAAACGGGGGCCAGGUUUGUGUUAUUUAUGGUCCGGUUUUCGCUUCAGGAAAGGAACAACCGCACGUCGUCGGGGCAGGACGCGCGCGCCCGCACUCCAUCGGUUGGGGCCCCACGACGUUUGCCGGGCUCUCGCUCGCAGGGACGCGGCAUCACAAUGAGUAUGCCGGGUUGGCUGGUCGCACGGGGAUUUGGCGGUACCAGCACCAAUAGCCAGUUCGGCGGGCUGCAGCGGCACGCCGUAUCCGCGACAAGCGGAAGCGUGGGGAGCGGCAGCGGGUGGCGAGGCGGCAAGGCGGGGGCGAACGGCCCCUCCGGUUUUCGGGGCUUGGUUAUGGCACCCGCUGAGAGGUCUUUACCUCCAAGCAUUCAAUCGGCGGGGAGGGGCCUGCAUCGGACUGUCCCGGCGUGGCAGCUUGCCGGACGUGCAAAAAACGGAGGCUGCGCUACCGAGAGGUUGUUGCCUCAGGGCUCUCAGUCGGCAGGGCGGGGCCUGCAUCGGACUGUCCCGGCGUGGCAGCUUGCCGGACGUGCAAAAAACGGAGGCUGCGCUACCGAGAGGUUGUUGCCUCAGGGCUCUCAGUCGGCAGGGCGGGGCCUGCAUCGGACUGUCCCGGCGUGGCAGCUUGCCGGACGUGCAAAAAACGGAGGCUGCGCUACCGAGAGGUUGUUGCCUCAGGGCUCUCAGUCGGCAGGGCGGGGCCUGCAUCGGACUGUUCCAGCGUGGCAGCUUGCCACGCGAGAGGACGACGGAUGUCGAGCACUUUGCCGGGUGGGGGGGUUGCAACAGGAGUCGGCAUUAGAGACGGCCGAUAGGGCCGGAAACGUCGGCAGGGGCACAGCAGGGGAAGACACAGGGGCUUCUACGCGACAGUUGGCCAGCGGACCACACAUGUCGAGCGCAUCCCCGCCGCGCAUGACAGGAUCAAUCCGACGACGCGCAGGGUCCUCCGGGUAUCCUCCGGAGGAGGAGGAGGUCAGCGUCGCUCGAUGGGGGUGUUCCGGACCGACCUCAGCAGCGGCCUCGAGUGUCCUUUUCUCCGAGCACGCGUAUUUCGCCGCAGCGGCCUCGACACGGAAUUGUUUUGGGUCGCCGAAGCGCUUCUCAUCGGCCGGCGGGUGGUGA